GAAUAGCGAAGGACUGGGAAAGGUGUACUCUUCCUUUACCAUUGAGUAUUUUAUUCACAAUCUAACUUGAGUUAUUGUAAGAUUUGAAGUUUUUAAUUCCACCUUCAAGGAUGACACUUAUAUAUCUGAUCUUGUUCACUAUGAUCUGUGCUGGCAGUGUGUAUGGACAUGAAAGCUAUGCUGGUGAAAACAUUACCCGUAUUUUAGACCAACUUCUAGACGGCUAUGACAACCGCUUGCGACCAGGAUCUGGAGGUGAGGUUACAGAGGUAAAAACGGAUAUCUUUGUCACCAGCUUUGGGCCUGUGUCGGAUGUUGAAAUGGAGUACACCGUGGACAUGUUCUUUCGUCAGACCUGGGUGGACGAGAGGCUGCAGUACGAUGGCGCCGGGGAGAUUCUGCGUCUCAACAACAAGAUGGUGGACCGGAUCUGGACACCCGAUACUUUCUUCAGGAACUCCAGGAAGUCCACCGUCCACAACAUGACCACUCCCAACAAGCUGUUCCGCAUCAUGCAGAAUGGAACGGUUCUGUACACCAUGAGACUUACCAUCUCUGCCGAGUGUCCCAUGAACCUCAUGGAUUUCCCCAUGGACGGACACGCAUGUCCUCUGAAGUUCGGCAGCUACGCCUACACAAACACUGAGAUCACCUUUACAUGGAGGAAAGGUCUGGAAGCGUCUGUGGACUGUCCACAGGAGUCUAUCAGUCUGCUGCAGUACGACCUGAUUGGACAUAAGCUAUUCAGUGAAACGUUCAAGUGCAACACAGGUCACUACUCUGUCAUGAUCGUCCAUUUUCUCCUUAAGAGGAAGCUGGGCUACUACCUCAUUCAGACUUACAUCCCUCUGAUUAUGGUAGUGAUGCUGUCGCAGGUAGCCUUCUGGAUCAACAAAGAGUCCGUUCCCGCACGCACAGUGGCUGGCAUCACAACGGUUCUUACCAUGACAACGCUCAGCAUCAGCGCCCGCCAGUCCUUGCCGAAGGUGGCAUACGCCACAGCCAUGGACUGGUUCAUCGCCGUGUGUUUCGCCUUCGUGGCUUCUGCGCUCAUUGAGUUUGCAGCUGUCAACUACUUUGCUACACUGCAGGCCAAGCGUCUGAAGGAGCAAAAGGCCAUGCAGAAAAAUCUGGAAGUCCUUGCAAGUUAUGAUGAGGAAGAGGACGAGAGCGCUUCAUCUCCCCCGUCGGAAAGGGGCGGAGUGAAGAGGAGGUACAACUCUAUAGCCCAGAGUGAGAUCGACAGUGGCCCUCCGUUGCCUUACUUCCUGCAAUCGGGCUCCGCUCUCCCCCCCAUACAAGCCCUGGCUGGCACCAGCCCCAUAGACCAGUACUCCCGCAUCUUGUUCCCUCUGGCCUUUGCGCUCUUUAACCUGGUCUACUGGGUUACCUACAUGGGCAAGGACUCGAUGGAACAGGCCAGAGACUUGAAUGCUGCCGAGCCCAACAGAUAGGACUGAUAUACUUGGGAACUGAAUUUCGGACCUUGUUCAUCUUCAUCUAUGGUUCUACGAAAAACUUCUCACUGUUCACGUUACAUUCAUUCCAAACAGGAAAUGAAUACAGAAACCAAUUUCCAACCUUGUGUCUUUUCUGUUUGCAUAUUUUACUGCCCAAACUUGCUUGGAUAUCUUAAUGUCUCCAAAGAGCCAUGCUCUUUCCCAGUGUCGAUUUGGUACCUCAGACUUUCCAGCAGCCCUGAUGACACCUGCUCUCAGUUACACACUCAUGCAGGCAGGCGGGCACAAACACACUCUCUCACAAACACACACACACACACACACACAAACUGAGGAAUACAGACAUCAAAAGAAAUGGAUGAUAUAAUCUAUGUCUGUAAAUGGUGAUGCAACAGUGAACCAAUGCGGCUGUUCAGAAUGAUGCUGCCCUCUGUAGAGUCACAGCCCACAUUGCAAUACAGAUCAAAGAAUAAUAGAAAAAAGCAGCCUCAUCCUCCUCUUCUCCUUCCUCUCUCCUCCUCUUCACUCCUCUCCUUUUUCCUUUAGUGGAGUAACGGACUUGGGUUUCUUUAUAGCUCCAUCUCCUCUUUCCUGAGCCAUGGUGUGUUUCCUAAACGGCAGCCUAUUUCAUUCACGUUACUUUUGACGAGAGCCCUGGUGCAUUGUGUACUGUAAGUAAUAGGCUGCCAUUUGGAACUCAGGCAUGUCUCUAGUGUUGGUUGUGUUAAAACAGUGAUCAUUCGUAGUGCUCAGUGCAGAUAUAGGUUUCUGACAUGGCAUGGAGGAAACCUAGGGAUAACCUUGGCUUCUAUUCAAUUUAUUUAGAUUUUCUGUUUGUACAUCUUUGUAUAUGCACAAAUCAUGCCUGUUACAGAGGCAGUAUUUGUGGAUGCUCUUUAUAAUUUUUAAAUGAAGGUGAUAAUUCUUUGACCAGUAUUAAUAGGAAUAUUUUCAACUGGCCUGUUUUUGGAAGUGUUAGAUAAAUGUUGGCUAUAAAAUGAUUGUUAUAUUGUAAUGUUUUUAUGGGUUUGUUUGAUGAAUGUUAUCAUCUGGUCUGACAUAUCAUGUGUGUCUUUUGAUGUCGCCUAAUGUCUCCCAAAGAUAUAUGGUUAAUGACAAUUACUGGCCCAGUAUUAUGCAAUAAACCUGUGUUGACUUCUGUUAACUUUGCAUUAUCUGUGAUAAUAAAAACUAUGUUAAGAAACGAAACACACUAUA